UAAAGACAUUCACUAACCAAACUAAAUCGAUUGUACCAAUUCUCACAGGAACAGCAGAGACAAGAAAUGGAAAAAGUAAACAAAAGUGCAACGUUUAAACCUAAGGUGGGUUUUCUCAAAACAAUAACACAAUAAGUUACGAGGAAGUAACUAGCAUGCAAAUUGUGCCUAGCUGUGUUGCUGUAAGGGCUUGUUUGCGAAUUUCUUCUUCUGGUGCAUCUGAACGACUGGAUGAAAUAUUAAUGUUUUGAGUAUACAUGCAUGUAACCUCAACUAUAAACUCAUCCACUGGAUUCCACUCGUUCACAUCCAUCAGAAGAAAAUCGCACCUUAAAUCGCAACAACCUGUUGCACUAUUAAACAUACCCAUCGAAAAUUGAAAUAAUAUUUCUUAUCUAACCGAACCACCUUAUUUUGACAAACCCUAUAUGGCUAUAUGAGUCCAUAUGGGCAAUUGGUCAUUACUAAAAACAAAUAGGUACACGGUUUCAGCACCUCUGGUUUCAGCAAGUAGCUAUUCCAUUUAUUUGCGUCCUAAUAUAUGCAAAACUACUACAAAUUAUGAGAAGAAUUAACAUUAUUUUUCACUUGACAACUGUCGGCUACCACCGUGAUAAUGCUUUCAGCGUAAACCCGCCUUUAUUAAAGGAAAUAGGUAAUAACAGUGCUAAUGAGCAUGCUGACGUACAGAAGUCAAUUUAAACAUUAUAAAAUACUUAAAUAGUAUGUCUAAUAGUAUAUGCUUACGUAAAACGAAACUGAAUCAUAAGAAUUAGAAAAUGCCAGAAACACUUUUAAAAUGGUUAAAAGAGUGUAAACAUAAUUAACGUAUUUUAGCCAUUCACAGAAUUUGAUGAUGCAUGUAAUUGGUUGCUUCUGCGGCUAUUAAGUUUUGGCGGGAAAGUCUAGCCAUGGCCCCCGUUUUCUUAACUUUUUGCUGACUUUUAACAAUGAAACCCCAUUUUUACCUUUUGAACUAUAGAAAAAAGAAUAGUGUAAAUAGGUUUCACUUGUUUAUAAAAACUUUGAGUUAUACGGUUACGCAAGAAAGAAACUAUUAAACUUACACAAUAUAAAGGAAUGUUGUUUUGACUGCUUGAUGCAGUAAAGCAGACAAGAUUAACAAUUGGAGUUUAGCAUAAGAAUAAAAUACCUGCUUAUCUGUAAGUGUUAUAUAUUAUGGUUAUUUUUAACAUUUACUUUAAUAGUUUCAGCACGUAUAAGAGCUGCAUUUUUUAACAAAUUUUGAUCAAUUGUGAUUAUAAUCCUUAGUUUAUAUUGUCUUUGUAAACCUAAUGUAUUCAAUGCAUUCAAAUAAUUAUGUUAUUGUUAUCUUUAUCUAAGCCUACAAUAUAGACACUUUUCAAACCAAAAACAGACCACACAUACAUCUACAUAACUGCAUGCAUUCUUCUAUGCUUCAAAUGUUAGACUUCCUCUCAGCGCUACUGGUUUCAUUAAGGCAAUAUAAGCCUACAAGAUAGACACUUUUCAAACCAAAACAGACCACACAUACACCUACAUAUGACUGCAUUCUUCUAUGCUUCAACUGUUAGACUUCCUCUUAGCCCUACUGGUUUCACAGUAUUUAUAAGCCAAUGUAAGCCUACAAUAUAGACACUUUUCAAACCAAAAACAGACCACGCAUACACCUAAAUAUGACUGCAUUCUUCUAUAUGCUUCAAAUGUUAGACUUCCUCUUAACCCUAUUUAAGGCUGCAUGGUUUAUGCGCUGUAACAUUUGCGAUAUACAACUUAUCUGUCUUUGAAAGAGGGAAGAGGCUUAUACAUUAUUUUCCACGUCGAAGUAUACCAAAGCGUUCCUCAAAUGCCUAACAACGUUGAAAACAAAGAAUAAACAUAGUCAAAUGAAUGUGUAGUAUAUGUAAACGUGGCGCAUCGAGCUGCUUACUCCUGCUGCGUGCAAUUGAAUUGCUGUCAUUCCGCCCAUACAUUCCGCCUUUGACAUCGCACAGUACAAAUUUAUUAAAGUAUCUUUGUACUGCACGUAUCAUUUGUAAAUUAUAUAACAAUACGUCGCAAAAUUGCAUCUCUAUUUUAUCGAAGACCUUGAAGUAUUCGUGUAUAUAUGAAUGAAAUAAUGUUCGCUAUAAGAUCAGUCUAAUGUUGGCUUGCUAUUUUGAGACAAUUAAGUGAGGAACAGUGCAUGUUAAUGGUUUUGCAUGUGCAUUUGCUGCAAUAAACCGUACGAGUCGUCUAAUAAGUUUUAAUUUCCCUUCGUUGCAUGUGAGAAGUUAUACAGAGUAAACGACCAAAAGAAACCGGCGUAUAAAAUACGGAAAAGUGUGUUGAAAAACGAGGCGCUAGCCAAGUUUUUUUUACAUACUUUGAGGUGUUUUAUACGCCAGCAAGAAAUAGCUUUCGAGUUUGUUAUAUAUCACUUCUCAAACGGACUUGUAUUUAAAGAUAAAUUCAAAGCGAUAGUUGAGCGAACUUUGUGCGUUAAUUACCACGUUGUAUCAAGACAACGAAACGGUACCGGUUUCAUUUGUGUUUCGCUCCAGAGAAAAGUGCUUCGAAAAACACUACUGGUCUGGAAGUAAGACCAGACCACUCACAAGCUAUGCAGGCGAAAUUGGGAGUUGGGAGUAAAAAAUUUGGCUAACGUUGUUUACAGCGUUGCUACCAAAUUGAGAACUUUGGAAAGCUAACAUGCCUAUUUACGAUUGUUCUAGUUUUUAGGGUUGUACGACGGCCGGAUAAACGAGGAUGAGAGUUGAUAAGAAUUGAUAAGAGUUGCAACUCUCACUCGCGUUUAACUGUCAAGUCUCAUCGACUCUUAUGCACUUUUAUCAGCUCUUAUUAACUUUGAACUGGUUCAAAUUUUAAUGAGAGUUGAUAAGAGUUUUUGCUAUCGCUCGGUAAUAUAUGCAGUCAACACUCACAAACUUUCAUGCAACUGUUGUUCUCGUUUGACCGGGGCAUGAGAGUUGAGAUAGCUCUCAUGCCAACUCUCGUUUCUCAACUCUUGCCAACUCUCAUUCUCGUUUGACCAGGGCUUCACACACAACCUGCACUUUACUUCGCCCACGCAAUGUGGGCCUAGAUGAAAAUUACUUCGUGUAACUCUAGUCACCCUGUUUAAAUAAAGUGUUUAUUAUUAUUAUUAUUAUUAUUAUUAUUAUUAUUAUUAUUAUUAUUAUUAUUAUUAUUAUGUCUAAAUCCAAAUAUCCUUUCUUACAUUACAGUUGUUACAGGGUCGCCAGGGUGUGCAGGGACCCAUAGGCCCAAAGGGUCCAAUAGGUGAUCAAGGACCGAAAGGGAUACAAGGUAUACAAGGACCUCAAGGUAUCCCUGGUAUGGGAAAUGUAUCCAGAUGUACACACAAAACCAGAAACAGUUUAUCCACGGUAUUGAAGAUCGGUAUGGAACUAAACACUCGGGCAAAUGUCGUAUAUAAUGAACCCCAGGUACACUAUCGAUAUAUUUCUACUUUAAAAAUGAUUUGAUAGAAGCCAAUUGACAAAGGAUGGUAACAAGCAAAGAGAUUUAGCGAAGUAAAUAGUACAUAUAAGCAAUAUAUAGUACUGUUUUUUUCACUUCCUGUACUUGGGAAGCGCACUUUAAAAAGUGACCCAAAAUCGACAAUACGUUUUCUCAAUCUGAUUUUGUUUUGGGGUGGAGAGAAUUCAGUUCAGUUGCAGUAAAGUUGCGACGGCCUAGGAUAUAAGAUGUAGCCUAUUCCCGAUGGUCACUUGGAGCUUAAUUUAAGAAUUAAGGAUAAAUAAAUAAAUAAACUUACACGCUGCCUUAGUUUGCAACAAUUCCCGUUAAAUUUUAUUUUUCCAUGGCUGCUAUUAGGAUAUAGGUGACAAAGAUGUAGAACAGUAUCAAUUUAGUGAUUUACAGUUUUACUUCUUAAAACAAAUGAUAAUUGUAAGGUCUGUAACACAGGUUACCAAAACCUGAGACAUUUUACUCUUUCUUAAGGGUAUGAAAGUAAUGGCAGCAACAUGUUCCACGUCACACGAAAAAGGAUCCGGUGCUGCUUAUUUAUUAACUAAGGAAGUCAAUGGGAUAUUACGGUACACUUGUGAAUGUGCAGGGAUUUCUGCGUAUGGAUUAUUUAAACCAGUAAAAAAGAAUCGUAACGGUCCCAGGCAAAUGGAAUGUAUUAUUCAUAUUUGGGAGUGUCCGUUGUAAAGGUAGCUGCUUCUCAAGUUAUGAUUUGGAUUAUAUUAUCAAGUAAAUAUUUCCGAUUGGUGCAGGUUAUUAAUAUAAAACGUUUCCUAAGAUAGCUUCAACAACCUCGUUCCAGGCCUUUUCUCACGCGGUUUUGGUAAGUACAUUUCCGAAUCAGACAAAUGAACCUAUUGCCUAACAACCAAAAUUUUGAUCUCAACCGGUCUAGACAAACAUUUCACCACAGCUUGAAAGAGCGUCACAAAAUUAGUAAUAUUCCGAAGUUUCGUUGCGAAAUGUUGUAAAAUGCGGAUAAUAUAACCCUGCGAAGUUUGCCGUUUUUCACUCAUUUUGUAUUACGCACGGGAAAUUGAUACCGCUUUCUGAAAAAAGGUAUAGACUUCGUGCUAUAUGUGACUUCGUGCUAUGCAUGUGGAUUGUUUUAUUGCCCGGAGCGGGCUUGAUUAGACGUUGUCAUUGAAGAAAAUUGAGAUAUUUUUGCAAAAAAUAAAUUUUUAAAAAGAUUACAAACAUGAAAAGAAAAUUUUGUAUAGAAAGAUUUGUUAUAUAUUUAUUUAUAUAUAUAUAUAUAUAUAUAUAUAUAUAUAUAUAUAUAUAUAUAUAUAUAUAUAUAUAUAUAUAUAUAUAUAUAUAUAUAUAUAUAUGAUAUAAAUUUAUUUUGAAAAAUAUUAGUCAAAUAACAGCACAAUUCAGAAAAUGUACAUAUGUGACCAAAACCGUGCAAAAGUGGCCUGGGAUGAGAUUGUGAAGCUAUCUUGGGAAAAGUCCAUUAUUAGCUCUAAGCCUAAGGGUUAUAAUUUACACACUGUGCAACUUGUCAGGCCGAUUUCAGAAUUACUGUCUGGUGUCAUUCUGGGGCUGGUUGUAUAAAACUCCUAACUACGUUUUACCACUAUUUUGUAGUUAAAUAGUAUAGUUAACUCUAAUAUAUGCGGUUUUGAUUGGUUAACUUUCUCACUAUAAACUGUAGUUAACUUUAACUACCUUUUCAUACAUUUCUGCAUUUUAUACAACCAGCCCCUGACGUUACUGUCCAACUGUUAUAUGAGGUUUAUCAUGAAUUUUCAAAUAUCUUAAAAAACACAUUACAAAAAAACAAAGUCUUGACUCAUGUGAGAUUUCAAUAUGUGAAUCAAACAAGACAAGUUUUUGACUAUUUUGAGAGAUUAUUACAUUCUAAACUUUAUUUAAUAUGUCAUUCUGCCUACACUACUCAAUCUCAGGGUCAAAAACUUGUCAUUCGUAUACUGAAUUCUCCAAACGGCAAUUUCUUCGGAAUAAGAAACAGCAUGAUUAGUUUUCAGUCUGUAAGUCUAGUCAUAUCAGAUAUCAUUACAGUGAAGUUAAUCUAAUAAGCCCACAAAUUGCAGUGUGGAUUUUCACAAUCUACCUAGUAUCGGUUUCCAAAAGUUCAUACGCUCUUAAACUAUUUCAACAGGUUUCGAAAAAAUUUAACUAAAUAGCCAGUUUAGAAAUAUUGAAGAAAUGCAAAGAAAAAGAAUGUUUAGAUACUAAUAUAUUAUAUUUUUUUAAAAAAGAGUUUAUAUUGAAAGAUAAACAUGUCUAGUAUAUUGUCUACAUUUCAAUAAGUGGACAGCACCCAAUCUCAUAGGAAUUGAAAUACAAAAAUCAGGAGCCAUGUCAUCGUCAGUGUCAAAUUCAAUGAAAGAUAAUGAGAUUCUUUUGUUGAAAUAUAACUGCCGACAUGCCUGCUUGCAUAUCAACCUGAAAACAAUCUCCACUUGUUAAAACGAUUUUUACAAACGGGUAGUUUUGUUCUCGAAUGAAAAUACAUUUUAGCAAUUCAUUCAAUGUACAGUCAGAGAAAUUGGUAAAUAUGUUAUUAUAAUAAACUAAUAUGUAAAUAAUUUGAAUAUGUUUCUGGAAUGAGAAAUUUAAUUGUAUAAUACUAACCACUUGUAAUUAUUAAUAUUUUGAUGAAUAAAAUUGUAUCUGAUUUUGGU